AGGGCUAAGGGAUCAGUACAUAACAUAGCUAAACUAGCUACUUUCAGCGAAUAUAGGUAUUGAGCUUGACCACAACACCUUCUCAUUGAGCAUGCCUCGUUAUGCGCAGCUUGUGAUGGGCCCGGCGGGGAGCGGCAAGAGUACCUACUGCUCCACCAUGAUCGAGCACUUGGCCGCCAUGAACCGCUCAGCCCAUGUAGUCAAUCUGGACCCGGCAGCUGAGCACUUUGACUACACCGUCAUGGCAGACAUCCGUGAGCUCAUCUCGGUGGAAGAUGUAAUGGAGGACCCUUCUCUCAGAUUUGGCCCGAACGGAGGCCUGGUCUUCUGCAUGGAGUACUUCGCCAACAACUUUGACUGGCUGGAUGAAAGCCUGGGUCAUGUAGAGGAUGACUACAUAUUGUUCGAUUGCCCAGGUCAGAUUGAACUUUAUACACACCUCCCUGUAAUGAAGCAGCUGGUGGACCAGCUCCAGCAGCGGGAGUUUCGGGUGUGUGGGGUCUUUCUGGUAGACUCCCAGUUCAUGGUGGAGUCUUUUAAGUUCCUCUCAGGAGUCAUGGCCGCCCUGAGUGCCAUGGUGUUAUUAGAGAUCCCUCAAAUAAGCAUCAUGACAAAAAUGGACCUGCUCAGCCCCAAAUCCAAGAAGGAGAUUGAGAAGUACCUGGACCCAGAUAUGUACUCAAUGAUGGAAGAUAGCAUAGAUAACAACAGAAGCGCAAAGUUCAAGAAACUGACUCAAGCCAUCUGUGGUCUGGUUGAUGACUACAGUAUGGUGAGAUUCCUGCCUUUUGACCGGACAGAUGAGGAAGGUAUGAACAUAGUACUGCAAAAUAUUGACUUCUGUAUACAGUAUGGAGAGGACCUGGAAUUUAAGGAGCCAAAGGAGGUUGAUGAAGAGUCUGCUGACCUAAAUUAUGAUGAGGCGUUUCAAUAGAAAGUGGACAGCUGAGGAGUCGAGUAACUCCAGGACUAGUUUGAGGAUAACAAAGAACCAGGAUUCCCUAUAUCAACCCUAGAUGGAGAAUAUCAUGAAACUGCAAGAACAACAAGAAAGGGGCAUGUGUGGAGUAAAGAAGACAGAAGAUCACAAAUACCACAUAUCAUUUUUGUUCCUGUUCUUUUGAAGAUUUAAGGGGAUUUUAAAUCAUUCAUGUUUCAUUAUUUCAGAGCCAUGUUUUUUUUGUAAAUGCAUGUAUUAAUGCUAUAUUUUAAAAAUAAAAUAUGACAAAAUAUUCAA